CACCGUUUACCAAUGUACUAGUACAUAAGAAUACUGAAUCUAUCCAUUGACCAUCACUUUAUCUGUGUUAGACUUUUUGGAUUUCGUGUUUUCGGUCUUUCAUUUUCGGUUUGUCUUUAUUUUAUUUGAUUAAUUGUUUUUUGUUUUUCUAAUCGAAUGCUUUAUUUUUAGGAUCUAUUACCUGCAUUUAAUUAAAAAUGCCACCAAAAUUCGAUCCAAGUGAAGUAAAAGAAGGUAAUAUGCAUUAAAUAAACGUUUGAAAAGCACAUGGCAAUAAAUUAUUAUUAUUUCUAGUAUAAAUUAAAAUAAAUCCUUAUUUAUCAUCGAUUUCAUUAUUUAUGUAAUUUUUUCAAUGCAUUUUAUUGAAUAAUUAUAUACAAUUAUUUAAGGUAUAAGUGUUAUAUAGUUAUGUAGUGUUAUAUACCUACCUAUUUUUUUUUAGUUUACAUGAGAUGUGUCGGAGGAGAAGUUGGUGCUACAUCUUCUCUUGCUCCUAAGAUCGGUCCUUUGGGUUUGGUGAGUAUCAAUAUUUAAAUUUAUUGUUUUUAAUUGUCUUAUGAUAGAACAGGUAACACAAAUCUCAUAACUUAUCUAUUGAAUGCACCGAAAUUCUCAAUUGGUUUUAACAUGUUUUUUUUUUUUGCUUUAGUCUCCUAAGAAAGUUGGUGAUGAUAUUGCUAAAGCUACAUCAGAAUGGAAAGGUUUAAAAAUUACUGUUAAAUUGACCAUCCAAAACAGAGUAGCAACAAUUUCUGUUGUGCCUUCUGCAUCAUCAUUGGUAAUCAAAGCUCUUAAAGAACCACCCCGUGAUAGGAAGAAGGUUAAAAAUGGUAUGAUUUACUUUAAAUUUUUUUUAUAGCUUUAUAGCUCUAUACCCGCAAUUCUUCGACUAUUGUUCCUCAUGCUAGUUAUGCCAGUCAUGAUUUUAACAAAUGUGUCGUAUAUUAAUCUAUUAACAUACUAGUUGCUUCACCCAGAACUACUUAGUGUCAUUGUCUGGUUUUGCGGACUCGUACAUUAUCUUUAUAAUGUAAAAUUACUGAAGUUUACUGUUAAUACUUAUUAGCAGGUUAUCAGUGUCUUAUGAGUGUGGCACAUUCUUUCAAAUUUUGUUAAAAAAAAUAUUAAGAAUCAUUUAGAUCGGAGGUUUUUAAGACUUUUUUACAUACUACAUGUAUUGUGGAUCUGUCUUGUGCUACUUAUAACCAAAAAUUGAACUAUUCUUAAUUUCUUUAGAUUUGUUUCUAAUUGAUUAUAGUAUAAGACAGUAAAAUAGUAUUAGGUGCAUUGUUUUUGUACAACAAAUGUGUAUUAAUUAAUUUUCCUAAAUACUACCACUCUGCUUUCUGCAUUCCACCAUGUUGCCUACCACUUACCACUGAUUUAGCGAUUGUCACAUUAAAUUAUUCAGUCACAUUUCCUAAUAUAGAUAUAAUAGAUAUAUAGGUAAAUGUCUAAUACAUUAUAUUCAAAAUUUGAAUAUUCUGCUUUGUUUUCUGUACAAAUACAGAACUGUUACAUAACUCAGCAAACUUAAAUGUGAAAUAUUUGUAUGAAUAUAAUUAUUUAUAAAAGUUUAUUAUUAUACAUUAUUGGAACUGACUAUUGUCAUUUCAUCAUUCAAGUAUGAAUUAAGUAUUGUUAUUUAUAGAAAAAUUCCUAGAAAUGACAAUGUGAGGUGGACAGCCGUCUGACCGGUUUCCUAAAUGCAACAUUGAUAAAUUAUAGCUGUAUUCUCUAGUAUCUGUGCAAUACGUUGGUAUUUUUGUGGUUUUAGUUAGAUUAAGAUAUGAGUGUUACAAAUAAUGAUACAAUUGUUUUAUCCAAGAAAGAAGAGGACGAAAAAAAAUUAUUAAUAUAAAUGAUAAGGAACAAAAAUAGAAAGUUUAUGAAUAUUGUCUCUAUAUUUAUAUAUUUAUCUAUAUUAAGCAAGAUCAUAGUAUAGAUAGCUCUAUUUUUCUAAUUUCUUCAAUGAGGAGCUCAUCCUCUGCCGAUAAAAAUUUUGUAUUGUCACACACUAAUUUCUAGAUAUACUGCUUUUGGACUGGUACUGUCACCGGUGCAACAAUGAAUUUUUUUCGUGGUAGCAUGUAGGUAACUAAUCAAUAGGUUUAACGUAUUAUUAAUGUGGCCAUGACGGUUGCAAAGACUGGUUGCCCCUAGAAAACUGUACCUUUAGAGAUCCACACAUUAUGAAAUUUUAUUUGGACAAUGUGCUAUUAUUAGUACACUGAUAGGGCCAUCAUCUGUUUACAAUACAGUUACAAUAUAUUGCCAUAUCACAAUUUGUUGAGUGUACAAUAUUUUACCAAUGGGUUACUGCAGACAGUGCAUAUAGUUUUAAAGUUCGGUUCAGCAAACUGAUUAUCAAAAUGUGUAUUUAUUUUUGCUGACACAGUUUCGUUCUUAUUUUGUUUAACUCUUGGAUUAUAUACUAUGAAUGUGUAUGUUAGCCACUAGUUAUAUCUAAAAUAACCACCACUUACUGUUGUGGUUUUACAUUAUAUUCUAGUGGGCAUGCGGAAACUUGUAGUGAACAGGGAUUUAACCAAUUAAAAAUGAUCAAUCGCACUGGAGCCACAGUGCAGCAUGUAUAUACUAUACUAUAAUUGCAGACACAAAAAAUGAGUGUUGGCCAUCGUGACCUGUUGUCCAUACUCCGUGUUUUUGGUUCCCAAUAUUCUACUGUCACACUGCUGUUACGUGUCAUGUUCACAUACACGAAUAAUGAGCGAUGACUUCCGUCAGAUAACCACUUUAAAAAACUGCUGUUUGGCACAUAACAAACAGCAAUCAUUUUUCGUGCACCAGACUACGUUGAUUGUUUGUUACCAAAAAUUAAGAUAGUAAGUGAUUAUAUUGGACAUAGAGUAUACUCUAUACAAAAUUGAACACAUCUAUAACUACUAUAGUAUAUGAUCUAAGGUUGAUCAGGUUGAGUCAUCAGGUUUCUCAAUUCUACAUUGCCAAACUACGGUCUUAUGAAUUUGAAAAUCAAAUUAAAUAAUAUAAAUUGUUUCUCCUUGCAGAAAUUUUAUUUAAUAGUGAUUGUUGUAAUUGGGCUGAUAAAAAUAAAAAUGCUUAACAAUGCCAUUGUAUACAAUUUGUUUUAAAUUAAUAGUGUUAACAUAACAAUUAAAAUUCAUCGACUAUUAUUCCUCAUGCUAAUUAUUGCUAUUUAACAUGAUUUUAACUAUUUGUCGUACAUUAAACGUUAAUUACGAGUUGCUUCACCCAGAACUACUUAAGGUCAUUGUCUGGUUUUGCGGACUCAAACAUUAUUAUUUCUGAAUUGAAUUAUGUACAUGAAGUAUUCAUUUUGCAACAUUAAUUUAACAUUUUUAAUAUUUUUUUUAAUAGUUAAACACAAUGGAAAUGUUACUAUGGAUGAAAUCAUUAACAUUAGUAGAACUAUGAGACCAAGAUCUAUGGCCAGAACAUUGGCUGGAACCGUAAAGGAAAUUUUAGGAUCCUCUCAAGUAAUAUUUUUGUUUGUGGUUAUUUAAGUGUUCACUUUUUGAAUUUUUAAUAUAUUUUUAGAGUGUUGGUUGUACGGUUGACAACAAGAAUCCACAUGAUAUCAUUGAAGCAAUAAACGAUGGUACCGUGGUUAUUCCCGAAGAAUAAAAUUAGUGAGUAUUUUAGCCACUGAUACUCAAUUCCUAAGAUUUAUAUUUAAAUAUUAGGAUUUGGGUUCAGUGGUUUAUUUGGUCGGGGUUAGCAUCCCAUCCACCGCCCUCAGCAGUUUCUCUUAAGCACUUAUAAAAAUAAAGAAUGAUGAAAAAUUGAUCUUAUUUACAAUCAAUUAAACUCGGAAAUUAUAUAAUUAUCAAAGUAAUACAUAUUUAAAUUAUGUAUACACCGCUAUUUUUUUAUUGUUGAACACUCAUUAUUUCGUUAAGUAUGACUUAUCAAAUUUUUUGAUACUUAUGAAACAGAGUUUUAAAUUUUACAUUAUUUUUAAGGAUGAGCGAUUACUGGCUUUGGAUUUGCAAAUGUUAAUCUCUAUUAAAAGUGUCAUAAAUAGAUAAAAGUAUUGGUUUACAUAAAGUUUAUUAUUGAUUUUCAUCAACCUGUUCAUAGAAUAUUCCACAUUAGUCAAUCCUUACGUACCCUUGCUCAAAACUUAGUAGUGGACUAUCUUAUAAACGGGUUCACAGGAAUCUACAAAUGUGAACACUGCAAUAUAUUUAAACAAUACUCUGAUAUAUUUUUGGCGUUUUUAAUAUAAGUUAUUAUUUGAUAAUCAAUAGAAAAUAAUUGGAGCAAAUAUUAAUAUUAAUGUAAAUUUUGAAGCUAAUGUUUCUUAAAUUUUCAAUAAAAAUUUGUUCUGAAAAAGUCUUAGUGGAGUGUAAUGAGUGUUCAUCAAUAAGAGAACCUGUAUAUUAUGUGUAAUGGUUACAGCUAGUCAAAAUUAAGUAUAAUAUAGUGUUUGAUGACCAACUAACAUUCUUUAUAGUGUUUUUUAAUUAUUUUAACAAACAAAUAUAUUUGAAUUGUCCAUUAAAACUUGACAGAAAAAUAAAAAAUUAAAAUUUUAUUUAAUUUAAAAACACUCGUUAAAAGUAGUCUUCAAUUACGAUCUACUUAAACUGCUUUUGGGUGGCAUAUUUGCUAUUGAGGAGACAACCUCAAUAAAAUAAUCACACUAUCAAAUAUUAAAUAAAUAAUUCCUAAGUUAAUUAACUGUCUUGUGUUUGGUUUCAAUUUUUGAACUAGUAUUUUAUUUUAUUUUUCUCCUUUCAGGUAUAUAUGCACUGGUCUAAUAAAGUAAUUUUAUUCUUUAAUAUUGACAUGUUGUUUUUAUUUAAGGCUUUUUAAACAUCCGUUUAAAAUACCUUAUUUC